AUGUUUGAGAGAUCCAUUGCUCUUGAUUCAAGCAUCUUAUCUGAUUUAUGUCUAGGACUAUACAGAUGCGGAAACGAGAAAAUGUUAAAAUUGUUAUGCGUUGAGAUGGAAGCUAGACGACUUAUCCCUCAAGGUUUUGACCCGGCAAAGAUUAUAUCCUCUGGAGUAGUGGAAGAGAACUGA